AUGCAUCUCAUAAAUAUCCUUCUUAGCACCCUCUGGGUCGCUUCAACUUCUCUCGCCUCUCAUAUAGCGAGGAGCAGUGCUCAUUUGAGCCAACAUGCCCAACGAACAGUCGAUCCAAACUCCAAAGUCACCCCCAAAGUAGUGAUCAUCACCAUGGUUCGUUCUUCUUCCCACUCAUCCCUCUUCUUACCACAAACCCCAUCUAACUACCUCCAGUUCCCCCCGGAAUCCGACUCCUGGCUCCUCGAAACCAACAAAACAGGCGGAAUCGGCUCUCUUUUCGGCCUCAACGUCACAGUCCCCGGUUUCUCCCCCAUCUUCCCACACGCACACUGUCUAGCUGAUGGCUCGGUAUGUCUCAUCACAACUGGCGAGGGCGAGAUAAACGCCGCUUCCACCAUGACCGCCCUCCUCUUCUCGCCUUUAUUCGAUUUACGCAAGACGUACUUCCUAAUCGCCGGCAUCGCGGGUGUGAAUCCCCACCAUGGGACGCUGUCAGACGUCGCAUUCGCCAAGUUCGCCGUGCAGGUUAGUUUGCAAUAUGAGUUUGAUGCGCGAGAGGUGCCGGGUCAUUGGAGUACGGGGUAUGUUCCUCUGGGAAGUAAUCAUCCUGAUCAAUAUCCUGGGGCGAGCUAUGGGACGGAAGUCUUUGAGUUAUCAGGCGGACUGCGGGAUUGGGCAUGGGGCAUCGCAAAGAAUGUCAGCCUGAACGAUUCAUCCACCUCUGCAGUCUACCGAGCGAAUUACCAGACCGGUCCACAGACCAGCAUGGUCGCUGCCAAAUACCGACAAGCAAUCCGCAAACCCUCCAUCAUCAAAGGCGAUGUCGUGACCUCCGACGUCUACUUCUCCGGCACCCUACUAGGGGAAAGCGUCGAGAAUACCACGAAGCUCUUCACGAACGGAAGUGCAGUCUACACCAUGACCGCCCAAGAAGACAACGCCACCCUCGAAACCAUCCUCCGCGCCCAUCUUGCUAAACUCGCUGACUUCCGACGCGUGAUUUUGAUGCGCUCCGCGGCGGACUUUGAUCGUCCAUACCCCGGUAUCUCAUGUCUGGAAAACUUGUUUAAUUCCACUCAAGGCGCUUUCCAGCCUUCCCUCCGCAAUCUGUAUCUUGCGGGCUCCCCGGUUGUUCAGGGGAUUCUAAAAGAUUGGAAGAGGUUUGAACUAGGUAUCGAGCCCGGGAAUUAUGUAGGUGAUAUUUGGGGGAGUCUUGGGGGAAGACCGGAGUUUGGACCGGGGGUUAAGGGGAGUGAUAAUCCGGUGCAGAUGAGACGGGGGUUGGAUGGAGGGGAGGGGGAGAGGGACCUUGAGGGGGUUAGUGGGUGGCUGAAUCCGGUGGGGAAGGGGAAGGUGGGGGCUAUGAGGGCGAGGAGGGCGGUUUGGGGGGUGUGA